AUGGCGACACUCAAGCCACCAACAGAUAAAGCGUUAAGAAGAUGGGUGAGCACAGAUACCCUACACUCAGCUCGAUAUUCCUGGCCAUUCCUAGCGAAGCCAAAAUCUAGUAGUAAUUUGCACGCCAUACAAACAUUGAAGUUAGGCAGUAGAGAUAGCGUUCACCAGGAAUCGACCGUAGAUAAUAAGCAAACUAUUGCAUCUACAUCUAGGAGAAAUCCCCGUAAGAAGUUUAUCAAACCAGGACAGGCGUUAUACAAACCAGUGAACGAUUAUGUCAAGAAAUUCACAGAUCUUGUAAAAUUAGAGCAGCAAGCGAGUGAGAUCAAAUGGAAUACAAGGCUACUAGAAUGGCCAAUCGAGAGACUCAAACAGGAAGGAUAUUGCAUCACAGAUUUAAGUGGUUACUAUACAAAGAGAAUGUUUGGCAAGCAUAGCGCAAUAUUCCAAUUACAACCAGGUGAACAACUACCAUCUCAUCGAUUUAGAAAGGGUGAUAUCGUUAAACUUAGUUUGAUGAACAAUGAGACGGAAAAGUGGUCUGCAACAAUAGAAUCGUCAAGCUCUACGCAACUACAACUGCUAUUUGAAAGAAAGGUGCCAAUCAAUACUGAAGAUAGAUUUAGAAUUGACUAUACUCUGAACGAUGUUUCUUAUAGACGAUCACUGGAUGCCUUAGAAUGCUUGCACUUGGACCCAGUUGAACAAGCCAGCUCGUCUGAUAAUGCACUCAAGGGAACGCAUUUGCGUGACCUUUUGAUAGAGGGUUCUACCAACUACGAUGGCAUUUUUGCAAACGACUGUUGGAUCAGAAGCUGGGCAUCUAGGUAUUCAAAACCCAAUCCAAUCAGAGUCGAAGGUGAUCCUAUAUUAAACUUAAAUCCAAGACAAGUGCAAGCUGUAGCAUUGAUGAUUGGCAAUCGAGCUAGCCUUAUACAAGGACCGCCAGGUACCGGUAAAACUGCAACAAUAUCCAAUAGCAUUAACUUAAUGAAGAAAUACUUCAAAAUACCACAUCCUAUAUUAAUUGCUGCACACACUAACGUAGCUACCGAUAAUAUUGCAUCUAUCCUUUCCAAAACAGACCUGAAGAUUACCAGACUCGGACAUAUCAGUAGAAUUGCACCUGAAUUACAUAAGGAUACCUUGGUGGCUCAAGUGGAGGCUCAUCCUCAAUAUCGAGAGGUAAAGCACGCACGUAUCAAAAGCGAAGGGUUGUUUAAGAAGGCCUACAGCAUGACUGGAUUGCUAAGAGAGCAACUCAACGAGGAAGCUCGCAAGCAACGUAGGGAGGCGACCAGAAUAACUAAAGAAAUACAAGACAAGAUAAUAAAGUCAGCCGAUGUCGUUUGUGCAACUUGUUUAGGCGGAAAUCCACGCGACCUUACGGGUAUUGAUUUCCCGAUUGUUUUCAUUGAUGAAGGAAGUCAAGCGACUGAACCAACAACUCUUAUACCGUUAAUGAAAGGUUGUUCUCAUAUGUCAAUAAUUGGAGAUCACAAACAACUCGCACCAAUUAUUACUUCUGAGGAGGCUUCACGACAGGACGUACAAUAUCGUAUGCAUCCUGAUCUCAGUGAGAUCCCUAACAAUAUUUUCUAUAAUAGUCAGUUGAUUGAUGGCUGUAGAAGUAGUAAUGGUACCCUAUUGAGUGGGUAUACACCACCACAUUCUUCUUUCACGCGGAAGGACUCAGCAUUGGCUUUUGUAAAUCACGAUCAUUCAGAAACUAAAGAUGGAGAGUCAACGAUGAACGAAGGCGAGGCACAAGUGAUUAUGACAAUUAUUGCGGAUCUGUUUGAGAAGAACGAAGAUCUAAAAGGAACCGAUAUAGGUAUUGUUAGUCCUUAUAUAGCCCAAACGAUAGAACUAUUACGUUUAAUAAACAGAGAUUAUUAUUGGAGGAGAAGAUUCGCCGAUAUAUUAGGUCCUCAACGCGUUCACGAGUUACGCCAAAUUGAAGUUAAAACAGUCGAUGGUUUCGAAGGAAGAGAAAAGCAAGUUAUUAUACUAUCACUCACUAGAUCUAAUGAAAUGGGCUCAAUUGGAUUCUUAGAUGAUCCACGUCGAGCAAAUGUCGGGCUAACACGUGCGAAGCGUUGUCUCAUGGUGGUUGGAAAUGCGCGUACUCUUGAAAAGGGCGUCGUCAAUAUGAGUAAAGAAACACAGCUAUGGAAGGAGCUGAUAUCGUUAUGUAAAUCCAAGUCAGCUUACGUUGAGCAUAGCAAUGUGUUGUAG